CUGAGCGUCCCAUCUGGCCCGGUCCUAGGUACCUGGUGUGCCGGAGGAGCCCAGCACGCACUGAGGCGGCCAUGGGACUGCUGACCGGGGAUGCUCUGGGGCCCCUGGCCAUAGCCGUGGCCCUCUUCCUGCUCCUGGUGGACCUUCUGCACAGGCGCAGAUUCUGGGCUGCCCGCUUCCCGCCAGGCCCCAUGCCGCUGCCGCUGCUGGGCAACCUGCUGCAGAUGGACUUCCAGGACACGCUCUUCUACUUCGACCGGCUGCGGCGCCGCUUCGGGGACGUGUUCAGCCUGCAGCUGGCCUGGACGCCCGUGGUCGUGCUCAACGGCCUGGAGGCCGUGCGCGAGGCCUUGGUCUACCACAGCGAGGACACUGCCGACCGCCCACCUAUGCCGAUCUACGAGCACCUGGGGUUCGGGCCGCGCUCCCAAGGGGUGUUCAUGGCGCGCUACGGGCGCGAGUGGCGCGAGCAGCGGCGCUUCGCCUUGUCCACCCUGCGCAACUUCGGCCUGGGCAAGAAGUCACUGGAGCAGUGGGUGACCGAGGAGGCGUCGUGCCUCUGUGCAGCCUUCGCCGACCAUGCCGGACGCCCUUUUAGCCCCAGGGCCCUUCUGAAUAAAGCUGUGAGCAACGUGAUCGCUUCCCUCACCUACGGGCGCCGCUUCGAGUACGACGACCCGCGCCUCCACAAGCUGAUAGACGGAGCACUGAAGGGACUGCAGGAGGACAGCGGCUUCGCGCGAGAGGCCCUGAACUCCAUCCCUGUGCUCCUGCACAUCCCGGGACUGGCUGACAAGGUCUUCUCAAACCAGAAAGCCUUAAUGACCCUCCUGAAUGAACUAGUCCAGGAACACAGGAUCACCCGGGACCCAACCCAGCCACCCCGAGACCUGACUGACGCCUUCCUGGAUGAAAUAGAAAAGGCUAGGGGGAACCCCGAGAGCAGCUUCAAUGAUGAGAACAUGCUCAUGGUGACAGCCGACCUGUUUCUUGCUGGGAUGCUGUCCACCUCAGCCACGCUGGCCUGGGCCCUCCUGCUCAUGAUCUUGCACCCGGACGUGCAGCGACGCGUCCAACGGGAGAUAGAUGAAGUGUUAGGGCCGGAGCAGCGACCAGCGAUGGCGGACCAGACCCGCAUGCCCUUCACCAUGGCCGUGAUGCACGAGGUGCAGCGCUUUGGGGACCUCGUCCCACUGGGCAUGCCCCACAUGACAUCCCGAGACAUUGAAGUACAGGGCUUUCUCAUCCCCAAGGGGACAACACUUAUCACCAACCUAUCGUCAGUGCUGAAGGACAAGACGGUCUGGAAGAAGCCCUUCCGUUUCCACCCCGAGCACUUCCUGGAUGCCCAGGGCCAAUUCGUCAAGCAGGAGGCCUUCAUGCCCUUCUCUGCAGGCCGCCGCAUAUGCCUCGGGGAGCCCCUGGCCCGCAUGGAGUUCUUCCUCUUCUUCACCUGUCUGCUACAGCGCUUCAGCUUUUCCGUGCCUGUGGGGCAACCCCGGCCCAGCGACCAUGGUGUCUUUUCCUUCCUGAUGAUCCCACCCCCCUACCAGCUCUGUGCCACGCCCCGCUAGGAGGAGGAACCAGCCCCCCAACUGGCUCCUCGGCAGGGGCCCUGAUACGCAAUAAACCAAUUUGGCGGUUCCAUCCUGGCUUCCGAGUCCCC